AUGAGAUCCUCACUAACUAUAUUCAAACCAAUGGUGAAGGUUCUUGGCGGAUUGUUGAGAUGUGGAAAGAGCUGUAGACUGAGGUGGAUAAACUAUUUGAGAAGGGACUUGAAAAGAGGAAAUAUUACGGCCGAAGAAGAAGACAUCAUCGUGAAGCUGCAUUCACUUCUAGGCAACAGAUGGUCGCUUAUUGCAACACAUCUACCAGGAAGAACAGACAACGAAAUUAAAAACUAUUGGAACUCACAUCUCAGCCGCAAAAUCUACGCCUUCACUGUCGUUUCCGGAGAUGAACACAAUCUAAACGUCGAGAAUUUAGCCCUGAAGAAAUCUUCUUCGUCGUUGUCUUCUUCUUCUUCUUCUUCUUCUGCUUUAUCGGGAGCCAAUAACAAGAGCAAGAACAAGACGAAGAAGAAGAAGAAGGGAAGAACUAGUAGGUCAUCGAUGAAGAAACACAAGCAAAUGGUGACGGCCUCGCAGUGUUUAUCACAACCGACAGAGCUAGAUAGUGAGAUCAGUGAGGGAGGGCAAAAUGGUAAUUUCAUAGGAGAGUCUUUAGGGCCCUACGAGUGGUUGGAUGGUGAGAUAGAGAGGCUCAUGAGUAGUUUCGUCUGGGAAUGUACUAGUGAAGAGGCCGUGAUUGGAGUAAAUGAUGAUGACUUUGAUCACAACAAAGUAUGUGAGAGUGGGGACAAUAGUAGUUGUUGUGUGGGUUUGUUUGAGGAAGAACAAGAAAAGAUCCCCAACACAGAGGUUGAUCAUGUCAUGAACGUGGAAAAAGAAAGAGAGGGAAGUGUUUUGACUUCGAAUUCAAAUGAAAAUGGUGAUAAAGAUUGGUGGGUUGGUCUUGGCAACUCUUCAGAAGUUGGGUUUGGGAUUGAUGAGGAGUUGCUUGAUUGGGAGUUUCAAGGUGGUGUGACUUGUCAAAGUGAUGAUCUCUGGGAUCUCUCAGAUAUUGGAGAGAUCACAAUCGAGUGAUAUUACCAGCAAGUAAAACAUUCAUCUUUUGUUGUAAAGUCUAGUGUUUUGUUUGGUUAUAGUGUAUCUUGAGGUUAUGUAGCAGCUUGUUGGAGUGUGUUAAGAGAGUUAAUUAGGAUAAAUGUAGCCUAGUUUAGACCAGCUUGAAGCACGUUAUGCUUUUUUCUUUUUCUUUUUUUGUUGCUAUUUUAUAGUGUUUGUUUGUUUUUAUGUUUCAUUGAUAAUGUUGUGAAAUAAUGAGGGUUGACUGCAUAAAAUCCCUUUUCACUCAAAAAGUUCCACCUAUUUCUAUCUACACUAUGAACCUAC